UCCUUCUAUUCCUCUUUUCUCUCAUCCGUCCUCUGUUAAUCCCAUUUUUCGCAUUUCUCUCCCCACUUCAACUCUCCAUAACUACGCGACCUUCCCAGAAUUCGUAUCCCGUAUCAUCAUCCCACCAUUUUCCUCUGUUCUUCCUCUUUUUCCUUUUUUUUUCGGUUUUUUUUUUCUCCUCUGGUGCAUUUUGUUUUUCGGGACGUUGUUUCUCGCGUUUAGGGAUUUUCUUGGACAAUACCCAUUUACGGAAAACGAAUUCUGUCGGGUCCCUUGGAGGCAUUUCGUGAUUGAGCUCUGUUUUUAGUACUACACCGUGAUCGUAGUGUUUUUCUCUUAUUAAUAACUUGACUUUCUGCUGAAUUAAACUGAAUGGGGAUUGAGGGGACUUUGGCUGGUAGAAAGAGCAAAGACUUCUUUGAAAUACCAAAAGAGACGAAUCUCAAUGGUAAAUCAAGGAAGAACCGGCGGCGUCAGAAGAAGAUGUCGCCGGUUCAGAGACUAUUUGAGACUUGCCGGCAAGUAUUUGCCUCUGGUGGGACUGGGAUCGUUCCGCCUCCUCAGGACAUUGAAAAGCUUCGAGCUGUUAUAGACGCAAUAAAACUAGAAGAUGUCGGCUUGAAACCUGAAAUGCCAUAUUUCCGGAGGAACGCUGCUCAUAAAACCCCAAGAAUCACAUACCUCCAUAUCUAUGAGUGUGAAAAUUUCUCGGUAUUUUUUUUGCUUGCCCAAACUGCUUGAAGGAUGAAUUACGCC